GCUCCAAAUCCUAAUCGGAAGUGAGCGGGUUAAAACCCGCCCCCAACUCGGGAACCCUGCGCACUGCUGGGUCUGUCGCACCGGCUACGCUAGGCCACGCCCCCGACGUCGCGUCCAGGCCCCGGAUCGCCGGUCCGUCGGUGACACGCCCCCGUUCCGGCCAGCUCUGGGGUUCCGCCGACACGCUUCCCCAGUCAGGUAUUGAACUAAGGUUCAGUCCUCUUCAACUGAAAACUUGGAGAAAACAGAACUGGCCAGGACAAGAAGAAUCAAGCAGAUGGGUGAGGAUCUGCAAGGAGUCAAGAGGUGACAGAGCAGAAGCGUGCUUGUCCCACAUGGCCCAAGUGCUCACCCGCUUCUCCCCUCCGUCCCUCCAGGUGGCAGGCGUGGCUGAGGAACAAAGCCAUUCUGGAGAGCCAGAGCCUGUGACCGCUCCAUCUACCCCGCCGGGGCCAGGGGUCACUCUUAGUACUUACCUCAGCAGCUUCUAGCACCAGGGGGGUUUCAGAACAUGGGGGCACUCAGGAAAGCCCUUUCCUGGGACGUGAAACUUUGGGGCCGAGUGCUGAGGCCCCUGCUGUCCUGCCAAGGCAGGACGGGAGGCACCUGGGGCAGGACUUGCUGCUCACGGCAACCCCAUCCGGCCUUAGCUGGGCUGUUGAGUGCCACAGGGCAGGUCAGCCACUGGACGGAGGUAUUUGAGAAGAGAGGCAUCCCUGAGGCCCGGGAAUCCAGCGAAUACAUCGUGGCCCACGUCCUUGGAGCCAAAACAUUUCAGAGCCUGAAGCCAGUUCUUUGGACCCAGCCCCUGACACCUUGGCAACUACAGCGCAUCCAGGAGCUGUGUAGCCACCGAUUGCAGAGGAUGCCUGUGCAGUACAUCCUUGGGGAGUGGGAUUUUCAGGGACUCAAUCUGAAGAUGGCACCCCCAGUGUUCAUCCCUCGGCCAGAGACAGAGGAACUGGUUGAGUGGGUGCUGGAGGAGGUGGCCCAGAGGCCUUGUGCAGUGGGAGCCCAAGGCGGCCCCCUCAUUCUGGAGGUGGGCUGCGGAUCUGGAGCCAUCGCCCUUAGCCUGCUGAGCCAGCUCCUGGAGAGCCGAGUCAUUGCUGUGGAUCGGGAGGAGGCCGCCAUCUGUCUGACCCACGAGAAUGCUCAGAGGCUUCGGUUGCAAGACAGGAUUUGGAUCGUCCCCCUCGAUGUGACCUUAGAGGAGAGCUGGACACACCUUCUGCCCUGGGGUCCUGUGGACCUGGUCGUCAGCAACCCUCCCUACGUCUUCCACCAGGACAUGGAACAGCUGGCCCCAGAGAUCCUCAGUUAUGAAGAUGCAGCCGCCCUGGACGGUGGGAAGGAGGGCAUGGACAUUAUCACGCACAUCCUUUCCCUGGCACCCCGGCUCCUGAAGGACUCUGGAAGCAUCUUCUUGGAAGUGGACCCAAGGCAUCCAGAGCUUGUCAGCAGCUGGCUUCAGAGCCGGACUGGCCUGUCCCUCAGUCUUGUGGCUGUGCGCAGGGACUUCUGUGGGAGGCCCCGGUUCCUGCAUAUCCGGAGAUCUGGGCCAUAGCGUGGCUGUCCUGCAGAUGCCUGGCCAUGGUUCCAGCCUGCACGACUGCCUGGCUGGCCCUUAUUGGAAUGCUGCUCAGGGAGAGAAAUGGCCUAACUGGUUCUUGCUGGUGCGUGGAUGAGCCAUUCCAUCUGCUGGUUCACUCCCCAAAUAGCUGCAAUAGCCAGGAUUGGGCCAAGCUGAAGCCAGGAACCUGGAGCUCCAUCCAUGUGUUACAGGGGCCCAGGGACUCGGACCAUCUUCUACUACUUUCCAAGAUUUUGGUAUGUGGGCCUCCACUUGCCUUUCUCCGCAGAGCACUGCCAACAUCGGAUCGGGGCCUCCGCUCCAACAGGAAGGAAAAGCAGCCGUGAACACAGGUUCUUCCUGCUGCAACAGGAGCCAGAGAAGGAGGGCUCCUGGUGCUCUUGUCCGUGUGGGCUCAUGGCGAAGUGGGAGCCAGAGGCGUGGGUGGGGCCCGGAAGAAGCAGCACUCAGCAAGUCUACACACUCACACCUUGUGAUUAAGCCCCUGUGCCCCAUGAGGCUGGGGACUAUGUCUGCCUUGUUCCCUGACGUGUUCCCAGAGGGAGUCUGGCCGGAUUGGUGUCUGAGGAGCACGGUCAAAGCCCCAGGCCUAGGCCUCUGGAGUCCUGCUGUUGUUCCUUUCCUGCCUUCUGUCACCAGCACAGCACUCCUCAGCUCUUCCGGCGCUCAACCCACCAGCAGCUGCUGCUUCUCGUCGGCAGCUUGGGAGGCAGCAUGGGAAAACAGUAGAAGAUGGCCCAAGUGCUUGGGCCCCUGCACCCACGUGGCAGACCAGAAGAGGUUCCUGGCUCCUGGCUUUGAAUCGGCUCAGCUCCUGCUGUUGUGGCCAUCUGAAGAGUGAACCAGCAGGUGGAAGGCCUUUCUCUCCCUCUCUGUCUGUAACUAUA